AUGCUUCUUGUUGUUGCGGGCAGCCUGUCGAAGGCCCAGCUUUUACCUGACAACAGGUCUCGUGGCACCAGGGAUCAGCUUUUUGAUUUAACACUCAACGCCGCAGCCGUGACCGAGAUGAUCUCAGUGCUAAAAGCAACAUCACUGCUGCCGAAAUCGAUGACAACGCCAAAGCCUAAAGUCAUUGCGGAGAGGAGCUUGGGCUUGCUUCACGUCGAUCCUCUCGGUGCGGGUACCUGCGGGUUCUUUACAUUACCAAGAGACGUCCAGGGAGUGACGAGAACCCGAGUUUGCGGCGAUGCUUCCGCAUCAUGUGCCCCUUUCGGGAGUUAUCUUGGCUGCGGCAUGAAACCUCAUACUAUCUGCUUCAACGGAACAGAUCCGGCAUGCGCCCCUAGUGUCAGAAUAGGUGAUCAGACUCUUUGCUGUCCCAAGACCAAAUCCCUGAACGGGGAGUGUCAGACUUUCAUCAGGGACGAUGGCGCCUUAGGUAACAAAACACUCCUGGGAUGUCGCGAGGUCGACAUAGCCUGGGACCCUAUAGUCUCUCUCAAAACGGCGACAGAAGAUUUCUCUACGACGUCGACGACUGUGGCCACCUCAGCUAUGCCGGUCUCUUCGACGCUAUUUAAAGACGCCCUGGCACCCUCGACCCCGACAUCACCAGCCAAUUCGACGGCUCCACCGACAUCGGUACCGAGUACGAGCGACAGUGGCUCUACGCACUCGCACACCGGUGCGAUAAUCGGCGGCGUUUUGGGAGGCCUAGCCAUCUUAGGCACCGUUACUUGUGUCGCGGUCUGGCUGGUUAUGCGGCGGAGGCAAGCUUCGGGUUCGAGUUACAACACAGAGGGUCGCGCGUUGCCAUUACCGACACACGAGCUUGCCGGUGACCAGCCGUGUGUUCCCCAGGAAGUGGCCGCCGAGAAGGAGUUCGGCCACAAGGCCUUGUCUCCCGUGAAUGAAUCCUGUGAGAUUCACCAGGCCCCGACGGAUGAUGCCGUAGGAAGUCCAGUUAAGCCUGCCGAGUUGGGCUGA